GUUGCAUACAGAUGAGUUGGUAGCCGGUCUGAGCUGACCCACAAACUCAUAAAAACCAACAGGGUCUCAGCACCGUCACCUGGGAUACCCAAACUCUUGGACCAGAGGUGCAAGGUCUUGCCCACAUCAAGGAUCCAGCUGCUUUCUUGGGGACCAAGAAAUUGAGUUUUUGUCUCUACACUUACUCUGGCAAUCCAUGAGAUCAGAGUGUUGACAGAAAGAAUGUUCAAACAUCUUCGGAAAUGGUUUGUUGCUCACUUUUUGGGGCAUUCUCGGCAGAGAGCAAGGCUGGUCUCCAAAGAUGGAAGAUGCAACAUAGAGUUUGGCAACGUGGAGGUCCAGUCAAGGUUUAUAUUCUUUGUGGACAUCUGGACAACUGUGCUUGACCUCAAAUGGAGAUACAAAAUGACCAUCUUCAUUUCAACCUUCUUGGGCAGUUGGUUCUUCUUUGGUCUUCUGUGGUAUGCGGUAGCCUACAUCCACAAAGAUCUCCCUGAGUUCCAUCCUUCUGUCAACCACACCCCUUGUGUGGAGAACAUUAAUGGCUUGACCUCAGCUUUUCUGUUUUCUCUGGAAACACAAGUGACCAUUGGAUAUGGAUUCAGGUGUGUGACAGAACAAUGUGGCACUGCCAUUUUUCUUCUUAUCUUCCAGUCUAUACUUGGAGUCAUCAUCAAUUCUUUCAUGUGUGGUGCCAUUCUAGCCAAGAUCUCCAGACCCAAAAAACGUGCCAAGACCAUUACAUUCAGCAAGAACGCAGUGAUCAGUAAGCGGGGCGGGAAGCUUUGUCUCCUAAUCCGAGUGGUUAAUCUUAGGAAGAGCCUCCUUAUUGGGAGUCACAUAUAUGGGAAGCUCCUGAGGACCACAGUCACUCCUGAAGGAGAGACUAUUAUUUUGGACCAGAUCAAUAUCAACUUUGUAGUUGAUGCAGGGAAUGAAAAUUUAUUCUUCAUCUCCCCAUUGACAAUUUACCAUGUCAUUGAUCAAAACAGCCCCUUCUUCCACAUGGCAGCAGAAACCCUUCCCCAGCAAGACUUUGAAUUAGUAGUGUUUUUAGAUGGCACAGUGGAAUCAACCAGUGCUACCUGCCAAGUCCGAACAUCCUAUGUCCCAGAAGAGGUGCUCUGGGGCUACCGUUUUGCUCCCAUGGUAUCCAAGACUAAGGAAGGGAAAUACCGAGUGGAUUUCCAUAACUUUAGUAAGACUGUGGAAGUGGAGACCCCUCAUUGUGCCUUGUGCCUUUAUAAUGAGAAAGACACUAGAGCCAGGAUGAAGAGAGGCUAUGACAAUCCCAACUUCAACUUGUCAGAAGUCAAUGAAACAGAUGACACCAAAAUGUGACAGUGGUUUUUCAACAGGAGUAAAGCAAAAUCUUGAAGAUACCUAGUGACUAGAAGUAUUAGGAAGCAAUCAACAAUUUGAGGAUAUGAAAUUAGGACAAGAGCCUUCAACGUCUAUCAGCACCAUGCCCCUGAAUCCCACAGCCACGAUCUUACAAGACAGGUAGCUCUACAAGUCAACUGCAUUAGAACAUGCAAUAUUCUUACAGGAAAUAGCAGUAUGGAAGCCAUAGUAGUUCACUUGGAAUCUUGAAUAUGAUUAUUUGAAAUCAUGCAGUGUUGAUAGAAACAAAAUCAUCAAAAGUUUCACAGACAGGCCAAAUGAGAUCUUAAAAGUCUCCUUGAAGAAGUUAUGAGCUUUAGAUAGGAUCUGGGAAAAACCAUAUUCUCAUUUUUAGUCUACUGAUAAGAAAUAAGCCACUUUUAACAUUGGUUUUUAUCAAGGGAAAAAUGGUCUCCCUUAGAGAGCCAUUUUUGGUUGGUUGGAGGAGAUGAACUAAUCAGAGACAGUAAGAAAAGACUGGUAGGUACUCCAAGAACAUUUGUGAGGCUCUGAGCUUCUC